CAUUGACUUGUAAUAUGCUUUUAUCCUCUUUUAAUAGCUGUUCAUCAUUGCCAUCCUGUCAUCGAUGGUGAAGAUUGUCUUUAUUGACCGGAUUGUUUUUGGUGGUUGAAAUACUUAAUUGCAUCAUCACAGCUUUUCUGAGGAGCCACAUGAUUGAAGCCGUGUUUCAAGCUUGCUCAUGAUUUGGACUGGGCAUGCUCGUGUGCUACAUGUUGAGGAGCACCUUGGGACCUAUACCUUAUAGACUAUGGUCUGGAUUUCUGAUUCCACAGGAAUAGUCAUUGUGUUACACGAGAAGAAAUCCUAUACAUGCAAGAAGACUGGAAGACUUGUGUGGAAAACCACUUAACAAGGUAAUGAAUGAUCUACAGGAAGAAGACUAACAAUGAGAGAUCGAUGAUGGGAAGAAUGAAUCAGCUGCUGGUGUUGCAAUGAGUUCUUGUUGUGUGUCGAAUGUAUUAGCUGAUCAUACUUUGACUGGAAUUGCAGAAUAUGAGUUGAUGAGGGCCUGGCAUUCAUGCACAAGGAGCUUCAUGCAGAUGGAACUCUCUAGUCCCCCAGCAUCUUGAUGAACAACAACAUGGAUCCUUGCAUCACACUGCUUUAAUGACGGCAAUGCAAACAAUGAUCAACACCAUGGGGGGAAAGAAGAUCAAGGAAAACAAGACCAAGAUAGAUCCUUCACCGAAUGCUGCAGGCUUAAUUGUUUGACAGAUUAAAAUCUAUUGUUGUUGUAUGUUUUGUUUGUCAAACUUCCUCAAACCAUCAUAACCUUUUCAAGUUAAUAUGAUGCAUUUUCUUUACCACUUAUGUGUAGGAAAUCAGUACGAUACUAUUGGGGUUUGAGUUUAGGUUUGGUUAUGCAUGUGAUCAACUUGUAACACAUAAACCAAUAGAACUAAAAUAAAAAACAUGUUCAGAGUCCCAUGUUAUGGAAAUUAGCCAAUUAGGGUUUCCAUUCAACAUCACCAUAUAUUUUUAUCAAAGGAGGAUACAAUGAUAAGCUGCUGCUGUUCCCCAUCCCAGCCUUUGUUUGGGCUUGCAGUGCUGCCACCACCCUACCAAACUCCUCUUUCUGUUUUCAAUAUAUUUUUUGGAUCAUAAUUAACUCAUCUCUGUUUUCAACAUAAUGAACUCCUCUCUCUUUUCAAUGUAUUUUUUAGAUCAUAAUUAUUCCUCUGCCAAUAAGCUGUGCUUCCAGCCUAUCACCAGAGACUGAACUGCGCAAAUUCCCAGAAGAGACUGGUCUUGCUACUGAAGGCCCAAAAGACGAAGACCUCAUGCUAACAAGGGAAGCAGAGACCAGUCUCUACCACGCUCUCCCCCCGCCAAGCAAAUCUGAGGACUUCCACUCUCUGAUGCAGCAGUACAGGCCAAACUUGAGGUAACCCCCCAUUUCCCUCACAGCUAAAGAUCAAGUCCUUUCCUUUCUUUCCCCAGGAUCUUGAAGCCCUCCUGAAGUAGUAGUCACCAAGGUUCACAUGGGUGAUCGCACUUGAUCUCACAAGAUUGCAAGCAUCUCAGCCUUUCAUGAACUGUUCUUGGCCUGUGUCCUCUUUGACUAGUGCAAUUUUGUGUUUGUGCUGCUCCUUCCCCUGUGAUCUGAGCUAGAUUUGGAUGCUAGGAAGAAGUGAGUUGUCAGCUCCCUGGUUCUUGAGAUGACUUGUGGUUGGUCUCAGAUCAAGGAAGGAGAUGGUUGCCACACCCUACAAAUCCAUUAGAGCUCCUUGGCUCCUCCCUCAACCCAAGGUUGAUGAUGGGGUUCUCCAUCACCAGUCUUCUCAAUUUGCUGCCUUUCUGAAGGAUUCACUUCCAUGGCCGUCAUCCCAACCCCCACCCCCACCCCCACCCGCAUCACCUUCACCGGGCAGUAGGAUUAGCCCCGCAGUCCUGUUCAUCAUAGUCAUCCUUGCGGUGGUCUUCUUCAUUUCCGGCCUCCUCCACCUCUUGGUCAGAUUCCUCAUCAAAAAGCACCCUUUUUCCACCACCUCAUCCCAUCCGGAACGGCCACAGGCCGGCGAGCUCGCCGGCUCCGACGCGCUCCAGCGCCAGCUCCAGCAGCUGUUCCACCUCCACGACUCGGGCCUCGAUCAGGCCUUCAUCGACGCGCUGCCCGUCUUCCUCUACAAGGAGAUCGUCGGCUCCAAGGAGCCAUUCGAUUGCGCGGUCUGCCUGUGUGAGUUCGCCCAAGAAGACCAGCUUCGGCUUCUGCCGGUGUGUGGCCACGCUUUCCACAUCAACUGCAUCGACACAUGGCUCCUCUCCAAUUCCACCUGUCCGCUGUGCCGGGGGGCGCUCUUUGUGCCGGGCUUCACGAUCGAGAAUCCGGUCUUCGACUUCGACGACCCGAGAGAAGAGGAUGGAUUCCCUAUGGAGCAGGAGGCAGAAGGUGAUGAAACGGUCACCGAGAAGAGGGUGUUCUCAGUGAGGCUUGGCAAAUACAAGAACUUGUGCACCAGAGGAGCUGGGAAUGAUGGUGGAAGUGGCAUUGCUGAUGGUGCUGUGAGAAUGGAGGAAGGAGAAACUAGCAGCAACAACUUGGAUGCAAGGAGGUGCUUCUCCAUGGGCUCUUAUCAGUACGUUCUUGCUGAUUCCAGUCUCCAAGUUACUCUCCCCAGUGGUCGUAUCAAGAAUGGUGAUGCAAAGGGAGGCAGGGGAAGGCGAAUCAACGAGCAGUCUGCAAGCACUGAGGUUAUGGAGGGGAAGAAACUGGGAAUUGGGAGCAGAGGUGAGAGCUUCUCUGUGUCAAAGAUCUGGCAGUGGUCUAACAAGAAGGGAAAAUUCCCAGUGUCAUCGGGUAUUACUUCUCCUGAUGGGGACUUGCCAUGGAUUAGAAGAAAUGUUGGGGAUACACGAAUGUGAUGUUACUACAAUGCCUUGUAUGUUGUUCUUCAUCUGUGAUGGCUGAUUCGAUUCACAAUUCUCUUUUGUUUUGCUUACCUUUCAUCUCAUCUGAUACUUGUUUUCCCAAUGUGGUUUCAGCAAUCCUCAAGAAAAAAUGAUAAUUUUAGCAGCUAGUUGAUGAA